AAUAAAUUAAAUAUCUUCCACUACUAAAGAGCGAGUUCAAAUAAAUACUCAUAGACCGUAUCCACUCUUUGGAAAUCUUCCUUCGAAAAACUUUGCUUAACGUUCGCUCAACAAAGAAAUCUGUACUAGUAGUGAAAUAUGGGAGGUGGACAGGAUGGAUCUGAUAAGGGACUCUUUUCCCAUCUUAUACCCAGUCAUACUGGUCAUUCUUCUGGUCAUGGAUAUCCACCGGGGCAGUACCCUCCGCCGCCUGGUGCUUACCCUCCGCAGCAAGGGUAUCCUCCUCAAGGAUAUCCUCCUCAGGGUUAUCCUCCACAAGGAGGAGGAUACCCACCUGCUGGAUAUCCUCCACAAGGAUAUCCUCCCGCUGGUGGUCACCACACUCCUCCACACCAAUCAGGUCAUGGGGGCAUGGGGGCGAUGUUAGCUGGAGGUGCUGCAGCUGCAGCUGCUGCCUAUGGUGCUCAUCACCUGGCACACGGUAGUGGAUCUCACAUGGCACACGGUGCUGCUCACUAUGGACAUGGAGGCGGUCAUGGUCAUUAUGGAGGCGGUCAUUAUGGAGGCAAGUUUAAGCAUGGCAAGCAUGGGAAAUUCAAGCACGGAAAGCAUGGCAAGUUUAAGCAUGGCAAGGGCGGGAUGUUCGGAGGCAAAUUCAAGAAGUGGAAGUAAACUAGUGUCUACUUAUAAUAUCAACUUCACCUGGCUUUUUACAUUGUGUGCUAAUACUGCGUCUCUUUAAAUAAGACAUAGACAUACUACAUGUUAUAAUUGACCUAUAGGCCUGUGAGAUGUUCUCUUGUAAUAUUACAUUUUCAAUGCUAAAUUGUGUGAGAGUCUGCAGUUGGAUUGCCCCAGAUGGCCUAAAACUUUUCUUUGUGUUUUUCUUCUGUAUUACUGCAUUUCCUCUUGAAAAUAGACUUUGGGAAAUCGGAAUAGUGGUAGAAUUUGGAG